UUCUAAUUCUAGAUAAAACCCCUCUCCUUCAACUUCAACGUCGAACCCCUUUCCGACCAAGGAAUCGAAGAGCAGCAGCCAUGAACGCCCCCGAUCGAUACGAGCGAUUCGUCGUACCGGAAGGCACAAAGAAGGUCUCGUACGAGAGGGACACCAAGAUCGUCAACGCCGCCUCCUUCACCAUUGAACGAGAGGAUCAUACUAUUGGAAACAUACUUCGGAUGCAGCUGCAUAGGGAUCCGAAUGUACUUUUCGCGGGGUACAAGCUUCCUCAUCCUCUCCAGUAUAAGAUCUUAGUGAGGAUCCACACUACAAGCCAGUCUUCGCCAUCGCAGGCAUAUAGACAGGGGAUUGAAGAUCUUGACAAGGAGCUGCAGUAUUUGAAGAAAGCUUUUGAGGAAGAGAAGAUCAGAUAUGAGGAGAAGCAGAGAUUGAGCUACUAGAUGCUAUUUUUAAGUGCAGUGAAACCAUAUACUUGAACGUAACUUGAACUUAAAUUGGUUAUGAGACGUUUGUGUUGGCAAGUGAUGGAUGUAACUUUUUCUAAUGUUCUCUAUCUGGAUGGUUUGAUGCUGUCUUCUAAAUCAUUAGAUAUCUAUAACUUCUAUC